AUGUUGAAACCCGCCACCAGCAGCACGCGCAGCAUCGAGAGGGGCCUCUGGUCGGGCGAGGAGCACGACCGCUUCCUGGACGGGCUCAAGCUGUAUCCGCACGGCCCGUGGAAGAAGAUCGCGAGCUAUGUGGGCACGCGCUCGCCGCGCCAGGUGCAGACGCACGCGCAAAAGUACUACGAGAAGGUGGGGCGCCGCCUGCGUGGGCUGCGCAAGGACCGCAAGAAGCUCGUGCGCCCCGAGCACAGGCUCGACGAGGACAUGGUGCAGCUCUGCCAGCUCGCCAAGACCAAGAAGGACCCGAGCGGCGGCGUGGACCCGGUGCUCGCCAGCCGCCUGCGCGCGCCGCUGUCGUCGCCCUCCAAGGUCAGCAUCUCGCUGCUGGCCAUGGAGACGACCGAGCAGCGGACGACGUCCUUCCAGCAGGAGCUGCAGCAGGCCAAAUGUUCGUCGCCCGCCAGCCCCUGCCCGAGCGCCAGCACGGCCUCGGCCACCACCGACAGCGACGCCGCCAUGGACGUGUCGGACUUUGACGACUCGUGCCUCGACUUCCUGAUCGAGGUGCUGAGCGGUGCGGACGCG